AGAAGCUCUUCGUCGGACUCCAGAUUCAGGAAGUCGCCGUCGGGACGGCACGUUGACCCAGGAGUUUCCAUGAAUGCUCCUUGUAAUUCGGGGGACAGGGAAUCUGAAGAACGUGCUCUAGGAGACGUCCACAUUCACUAAUGAAAACAAUAUGGAUGGCAGGCUUUCAGCUUUAAGUGCUGCGGCUCUGAUGCAAAAGACGUUUGGAGGGAAAACAUUGGCGCGUGGCUUCCAGGAGAAGAAAUUGAAAGAUCCUGAUCCCGAAUGGGGGAUCCAGCCCCUUGUUUUCCCACAACACGCACGUUCAUUGACUCACUUUCACACACUGCUAGUGCGAAGAGUGGAACGAGGCGGCGCCUUCACUGCACUUGUAUUGCGUUCAGCAUUGAGGAGCUGACAGCGACUUUGUGCGCGUUACAAUUGAGUAACACAAAGUGUGUAUUUCCCCCUCCAUUUGAGUUGCUCACUUUCAAAUGUGAUCUUCUUGGAAGCGUGACUGGCCGUCCACUGCGAGCUUUGAGACGUGAGGGAGGAACAAGAAAAGGCAAGCAACACAAAGUGAAAGCCCAUCGAGGAAUCACUCCAGCACACACAAAGAGGUGAUGACCUAUUUACUGGUGGUGCCAUGAAGGACCUUUCCUCUUGCUCCUGUCCUCUCAACUCCCUCUACCCGUCCUCCAAGACCUCAGCGGGACCUUUUUCUCCAUCCCCGGGCGCCGUCCCGUCGUCCCUGCCGUCGUCCCCCAAGCCGCAGCCUUUCUGCCUUCAGACGGGGCCGCACCUCAUCGCCAGCAUGCAGCUGCAGAAGCUCAACUCGCACUACCAGAACCUGGCGGGCUCCUCAGCGGGACACCCGACGCCCGGUGCCGUCCAAAGGGGAUUUCGAGGCGGAAACCAGAUUCUGGGGCCCUCCGGGGGCCUCGGUGCAGCGGGGGUGGGUGCAGGGACGCAGGACGCCGGUCCGAGCGGAGUCAUGGACUUUGACCUCGUGGACGAGGAGGUCCUCACGUCGCUGGUGGUGGAGCUCGGACUGGACCGAGCCAAUGACUUGCCUGAACUCUGGCUGGGCCAAAACGAGUUUGACUUUGUGUCAGAUGUGGUGGCAGGCUGCUGAGUAACAAUCUUCAAGCUUCAUUUGGACACCAUUUAGACCAUAAAAAUGGUCUCAUCAAACAAUUAUGUUUAUGAAAACAAGCCGUUUGGAAAGGGACAGACUUCUCUCCAAUUUCUCGCAGGUAGUAGAUAAUGGACAGCAGCUAUUCCGGCCAAUUUAAGAGCACUCUUGUGCUCUUAGUUUGGGUAACAGACAAGGCAAUCAACUAGUCCCUCAAUAAUUAUGUAAUAUUUGCCUCACAGACACCUUUGUCUCAGCUCCGAUCACUUAACCUCGCGCAGCACAUCAAAACUAGCACGGUAGAAAACAAGACCACUUUCAAUCA